GUUAUCUGUGACGUCAGUAGUGCACGUGCAGGCUGCAGUUCCACCUGAUCCUUGCGCAGUUCUGGUUACACAAAGGCUCUUCACUGAAGUACUAUUCUGUAGCUGCCGGCGUUUUCUUUUGCUCACUUACGGCCGCUCCCAUCAAAUCUCCAAUGUUUUUCGGAGUAGCAGGCCCAUAUGAUGCUGUACCUGGAAAAGGGAGGAAACGGAUCUAGAAGAAGAUGAUGUUGGCAAGGACUAGGAUGCGAAGGGUGGCAGCGGCAAGCAAGAAGGGAGUAAGAAACGGAAUGCCAUCAACAACGAGGACUAUUAACACUCAAAUGGAUGACAGCUACCCAAUUCUACUAUCUCCAUCUCUUGUCUCGCUAGACCUCCCUGACAUUUGGCCUACUAAUUCCAGCCCCAACGAUUUUCAAUCGACCUGUAGAUGCUCCAAUGAGCAGACUGCUGCAAUAAUUGAUGGUAAGUCAAUUGCGGGGAAGAUUAUGUCCAGAAUAGCUUGUGAGGUCUGGAGGAUGAAGGAGUCCAUUGGAAGGGUUCCUGGAUUGGCUGUCAUAAUGGUGGGCCAGAGAAGGGACUCCCAAACUUAUGUGCGCAACAAGAUAAAAGCUUGUGAAGAAACAGGAAUCAAGUCGUCAAUGACUGGACUGCAUGGAAAUUGUAAAGAAGAUGAAGUUGUGAAUGUUUUGUCAAGAUUUAACGAGGAUCCAUCAAUUCAUGGCAUUCUUUUGCAACUUCCUCUUCCCCAGCAUUUGGAUGAGGAGAAAAUUUUGGAUGUGAUGAGCCUAGAAAAAGAUGUGGAUGGCUUUCACCCACUCAAUAUGGGAAAUCUGGCCAUGAGAGGGAGGCAGCCUUUGUUCAUUCCCUGCACUCCAAAAGGUUGCAUUGAGUUAUUGAUGAGGUCUGGUGUGGAAAUCAUGGGUAAGAAAGCUGUAGUGAUUGGAAGAAGUAAUAUAGUUGGAUUGCCUACAUCCUUGCUUUUGCAGAGGCACCAUGCAACUGUCAGCAUCGUACACGCAUUUACCAAGAACCCAGAUCAGAUAACCUGUGAAGCUGACAUUGUGGUUACAGCUGCAGGAGUGCCUAAUCUAGUUCGUGGCAAUUGGCUAAAGCCUGGUGCAGUUGUCAUAGAUGUGGGGACAAACCCAAUUGAGGACCCUAGCUGCGAAUAUGGUUAUCGUCUCACAGGAGAUGUUUGCUAUGAAGAAGCAGUGAGGGUAGCGUCGGCCGUUACCCCUGUGCCUGGAGGAGUUGGGCCGAUGACAAUUGCCAUGCUCCUAUCCAACACUCUUGACUCUGCCAAACGGGCAUAUGACUUUACUUAGCACCUCUAGAUGUAAUAUACAUUAAAAUUUUACAUUGCGUCGUGGACUUCUUGCCGUCGUUGUAUUCUUGAGAUUUUAUUCUAUACGGUAGAAAAUAUGAGAAUUCCUUCUCGUUGGCGAUAUGAAAUUGAAAAUCUUCUAGA